AUGAACGAUGAUGAUCUCAAAAUUGACGAUCCACCUCCUCAUCCAAGUAACAUUCCCAUCUCUGGUUCAAGACGGGGAAUGACAAAUAUUGAUCUCGAAGCAGCUGAUCUUGAUGAAGACGGAGUCGUCGGAGCUGCAGAGUUUGUAUUCUAUAAACUGAAAGAAAUGGGGAAGAUUGAUCAGAAAGAUAUUGCUGGGAUAAUGGAAGAAUUUGAGCAGCUCGAUUACGAUGAAUCAGGAAAUCUAACGAAUUCUGACAUCAUUUCUCAGAUCCAAAGCUCUGGUUCAACACGGAGAACUACAAAGAAUGAUCUCGAAGCAGCUGAUCUUGAUGAAGACGGAGUCGUAGGGUGA